GAGCAAUCCUUAAACACUCCUUUGAAUAAAAAAAGCUUAAUUUUUUGUAUAUUGUUAUGUACAGCUAAGCCAAUGCCAAUUUUGACUCGUGGGCCUGAGCUAUGUAGUUACUCUAUGACACUGUAAAGAGUUUGCGUGUAAUAUAAAUAGAUUAUGUAUUUUAUUUUACAUGCAAACUAUUUUACAGCCCUAAACUUUACAUGCAAUCACUUUGCAUGUUAAGUUUUAAUAUGUAAACUACCAAACGGGCCCUUAGGCUAAAUGAUCAGCUAGGCCUGUAAGUUCAAUUCAGUUCUUGAACUAAAAAAGGUCAAAUUCACACCCCAAACUGGUAAAAAAGGUUCAAAUUUCAUUUUUUAAAGUUAAAAAGCCGGUUAAGUAGGUCCAAUUCACACCUCUAAACUAUUAAAAAGUGUCAAAAUUGAAAUAAAUCAAAAAUAAAAAACAGAAACAAUUAAAAAAUUUAAAAAAUGACCGGUUGUUUACCCUUAAAGACAGAUAUUUGAGCCAUUAUUUGUCUGUUCGGGGUAUAAAUUGAACGUUUUUUAGGCCAGAGAUUGAAUUGUGCUUACACGACCGGUAUAUGGGCCUAUUUGACCAUUUAGCCAAAAAAUUAUACUCUUUAGUUCAGUGUAAAUUAAGUUUGAAAUGUAACAUAUAGAAUGCGGAAUAUUUUAUAAGAUGGUGAUAAACUAAUUUGCAUGACUUUUAAAAAGCAUUACAAUUGUAAUGAUUCUGUGUGUAAUUUGAAAAAAGUUAAAUGCCUAACUAAAUACGAGUAUAUUGUUUUAUUUAUUUUACAUACAAAUCGAUUACUUCUAUAAUCUUUGCAUACAAUUAUGACAGAGAUAGCUUCACAUGAAAUAUAUUGAAUAAGAGUUGAUUUUUUUGGGGAUCUAACAAUUAAAGCUCAUGAAGAAAGGAUGCUGGGGUUUGGAAGUGUGUUGUGUACAUGAUGAAAUUGUACUUUUGACCCAGGCAGAAUGGAAAGCUUUGGAUACUCAUGACUCUUCAAGUAAGCCCUCAAGUGGAAGAGGGAGUAAUAGGGGAGAAAGAUGUAGAGGACGUGGAAGAGGAUCUGGCAGCCAUCAAAGAAAUGAAAGAGAACCAUCCCAAUAAAAGAGAAAAUUUGAUAAGUCAAAGAUAGUUUGCUAUAAAUGUGGGAAGUUGGGGCACUUUGCAUCAGAAUGUUUGAUAAAUGAGAAGGACGAGGAAGCCAGUCUCACACUGACUUAAGGCCAUGAAGAACCAACUUUAUUGAUGAUUGAAACCUGUGAACUGAAUAACACACUUAUUGUAUCUGGUAAAGAAGAAGUUUUGGCAGUUAGUGAAUAACACACAUGAAGGAGAAAGACUGGUAUCUAGACACUGGGGCUAGCAAUCACAUGACAGAACAAAGAGAGUGCUUUACUGAUAUUGAUUACUCUAUAAAUGAAAGGUACGUUUUGGAGAUGGUUUUGUCAUUAAUAUACAUGGACUAGGUUCAAUGUAAUAGUGUAGAUUUUAUAUUUAUUUAUUAUUGGGGACUCAUAUUGUAAUUUGGACAUUUAUUCUCUUUAUAUAUAUCUGUCAGGGCUACCAUUAUGGUUAAGCCUGAUCAUUAUUUUCACAUGGUAUCAAGAGCCAGAACCUAAUUACCCUAAAAACCAUUUUUUUUCGGCCAUGUCCUCUGCCGAUACUUCUUCCGCCGCAACAGGCUCUUCCGCCGCCGGCCAUGCUCCUUCUUCCUUUUUUACUGCGCCAGUAAUGUCGACUACUGUAGCUGCAUCUGUUGGACCCACUUUUUCUGCUGCUGAGUCAUCCACGUCUGCUUCUCGUUUCUCUUCACCGGUGAUAUCCCAAAUCUCGGAUCUGCCGCCGCCAUCCACCGUUCUUCCUGCUUCGGAUGGUGUUGGGUGGGUACCACCGGUUUUCAAUUGGUCUUCAACCCAGCCGACGGUUUACUCGUCGCUAUACACUUCUCAGGCGGCUUGUACGCAGGCCACCCCCCUUUUCUCAAGCUUUGGUGGAGUGCCUUCUGUUGAACAAUCUGGAUCCAGCUUUGGUGGGCCAACUUUUGCAGGUGCUCCAGGAGUAGCACCACUGCCUUCCAGUAUUUCACUAGGCCCCAUUGGCACACGGGCAGCUGCUACACAUUCUCCAGGUUCUCUUUAUCUGAAUUGGUUAAAACUAUUGGUUUUUCGGCACUCAAUAUUACAAAUAUUGUUACGACGAAGCUUGCCACUGUCGAAGAUUAUUUAACUUGGAGAACUCAAUUUGAGUCAUUCUUGGUGUCCAAUGGUUUUUUGGGAAUUUUAGAUGGUUCCAUUCCUGCUCCCUCCCCCUAUAUUUUUGAUGCGUAUCAUCAAGAGACAAUUAAUCCUGAGUAUUAUAAUUGGCUCAAAUUGGAUCAAACUGUACGUUCUUGGUUAUUUGCUACAUUGUCUCGUGAUGUCUUAAUUGAGGUGCGUGAACUAAAAAAUGCUUUUGCUAUCUGGAAUCGCUUAGAGUCUCAUUUUAUGUCUGCUAGUUUCGCUCGUUCCAUGGAACUGAAACGUCAACUUACACACUCUAAGAAGCGUUCAACUCAGUCCAUGGAACACUAUCUUCGUGACAUUAAGGACAUUGCUGACCGCCUUGCUGCUAUUAAUGCUCCAGUAUCUCGUAGAGAAUUAUUUCAGUAUAUUUUGCUUGGUCUUGGUCGCGAUUAUGAGUCUCUUAUCACAUCGGUGGACCUCUUUCCGGAUAGUUUUACCUUUGAAAAUCUUCGAACUAAAUUGGUUGAAAAGGAGCAAAGUCUGCAAUAUAUGAAUGCUCAGGAGGAGUUAAAUCCGGCACAAGCCUUCGCGGGUCAGUUACAACCCGGAGGACAGCACCCACAUGGCGGUGGCCAGCCGCAGCAGGGUGCUCAACAGCAGCCCGCAGGUGGACAACAACAUCCGGCUGGAGGGCAGGCUCCUCGCGGCAGGGGCAAUCGCGGCGAACGUGGUGGCCGCGGUCAGCGCGGUCGUGGAGGUCGUGGUCAGCGCGGACGCGGUGGUCAUGGUUACGGUUAUCCUCCACAGUUUGGUUAUGGUUAUCCUCCACCGGGCUAUUUUCCAGGGGGUGCACCGCAUGCUGGUAUUCUUGGGGCUCCAGGCUCAGCGGGUUCCUCUUCAGCUGAGGGAAAUUCCGUUCCUCCUCCUGUUAUUUGUCAAAUUUGCUAUGCACCAGGUCAUCCUGCUUCCACGUUGUGAUACCUUGAAAAUUUGAAAUAAAAAUAAAUAAAUAAAUCAGAUAAGUUAUAUCUGAUAAAUCAAAUGAAAGUAAGAUCAAAAUAUUUUUUUUAUACUUGGUGUAUAAAAAUAUACGCACACUACAUGCAAUGAAAAUUAAACACUUA